AUGGCGAAGACCUUUAGCAAGGACGACGUGGCGUCGCACAGCAAAGGCGACAGCCCGUGGAUUAUCAUCGAUGAGGACGUCUACGAUGUCUCCAAGUUCCAAGACGAGCACCCUGGUAAGUCCGAGUCCCACACGAGCGGAGGAAUUCCGUGCGCUGGUCGCAUGAGGAUUGCAGCCGUGCAGAAUUACGAUCAUGUGCUGACCGCGAUGGCAAAUAGGUGGAAAGAAGAGUACGUCAUGGCUCGGACCAAGAACGCCGAAAGAUGCGAUAUUGACAUGUGCGCAGUUCUCCAGCGAGUUGCCGGCAAGGACGCCUCCAAGCAGUUUUGGAAGUACCACAACGAGGGAAUCUUGAAGAAGUACAAGGGCCAGCUGCAGAUCGGGUCGUUGAACACGAAGAAGGCCGCCGAGCCUGUUCCCGCGCCGGCACCCGCGCCCAAGCCCAAGCCUGCUGCCGCCCCGAAGCCGCAGUCCGAUUCCGCCGUGCCUCCGCCGGCCUCCGCCGCGCCGCAAGACCCCUUCGGCGACCUGAUUCCCUUUGCCGAUCCCUCCUGGUACCAGGGUUACUCCUCCCCCUACUUCAACGAGACUCACGCCGCUCUCCGUGAGGAAGUGCGCCAAUGGGUCGAGUCCGAGAUCGAGCCAUAUGUCCACGAGUGGGACGAGGGUAAAGAGGUUCCGGGUCACAUUUACAAGCAGAUGGGUGAGCGCGGCUACCUGGCCGGUUUGCUGGGUGGCGCAUUCCCUUCGAAGCACACCCCUCACCGUGUUCAGUCUGUCUCCCCGGAGCGCUGGGACUUGUUCCACGAGAUGCUGUUAACCGAUGAGCUGUCCCGUGCUGGUAGCGGUGGUCUGGUUUGGAACCUGGUAGGUGGCUAUGGCAUUGGUUGCCCGCCUCUGGUCAAGUUUGGCAAGCCAGAGCUGGUGGACCGCAUUCUGCCUGGUAUUUUGGCCGGUGACAAGCGCAUUUGCUUGGCUAUCACUGAGCCUGAUGCGGGUAGUGAUGUCGCCAACCUGGGUUGCGAGGCCAAGCUCAGCGAGGAUGGCAAGCACUACAUUGUCAACGGUGAGAAGAAGUGGAUCACCAACGGUGUCUGGGCCGACUACUUCACUACUGCCGUUCGCACUGGCAAGCCCGGCAUGAACGGACUGAGUGUCCUGCUGAUUGAACGCGAGGCCGGUGGUGUCAACACCCGCCGCAUGGACUGUCAGGGUGUGUUGAGCAGUGGUACCACCUACGUGACCUUCGAAGACGUCAAAGUCCCCGUCGAGAACAUCAUUGGCAAGGAGAACCAGGGUUUCAAGGUCAUCAUGACCAACUUCAACCACGAACGUAUUGGAAUUGUCAUCCAGUGCGUUCGCUUCGCCCGUGUCUGCUAUGAGGAAGCCAUGAAGUACGCCCACAAGCGCAAGACCUUCGGCAAGCGUCUCAUCGACCACGCCGUCAUCCGUAUGAAGCUGGCCCACAUGGCCCGCCAGAUCGAGGCAACGUACAACUGGCUCGAGAACAUCAUCUUCCAAUGCCAGUCCAUGGAGGAGACCGAAGCCAUGCUCAAGCUGGGCGGUGCCAUCGCCGGCCUGAAGGCCCAAUCGACCCAGACCUUCGAGUUCUGCGCCCGCGAGGCUAGUCAGAUAUUCGGUGGUCUCAGCUACAGCCGUGGCGGCCAGGGCGGCAAGGUCGAGCGCCUGUAUCGGGAUGUUCGUGCCUACGCCAUCCCCGGUGGCAGUGAGGAAAUCAUGCUGGACCUGAGUAUGCGUCAGAGUUUGCGUGUGCACCAGAUGUUUGGCAUGAAGCUUUAA